CCGCACACGACGCGCACUCCCGCACCACCGCCGUCUCGCGCGGCACGAACGCACGCACGCACUCGCGAGCCCGCCCGCGCGCAUACAUUUACGUGGCGCGGAGCUCGAGGGCGCGCCCUUCCCCCUUGCUGCUCCUCUCUUUCUCGUGUCGUGUCGUGGCACCGAGCAGCGGUGAUGGCGCACGACGGCUUCCUGGGGAGAUUCCACGACCUGGCGUGGCCGGUCGCUCAUCACGCUGCCGUCGCCAACGCCGGUGGCGGCGGCGCGCCGUUCGUCGCCCUGCAGGUGCACGUGCAGCACGAGCUGAUGGGCGCCGGCGCUGGAGCGCGGUCGGGGUGGGAGCACGACGCAGCGAUGGGCUCGCUCGUGCCGUCGCGUUCGCCGUCGCCGUCGUCGCUCGCGGCGGCGGCUUCCGGAGCUGCCGCCGUCGACACCGCCCUGAUGGAGCAGCUUGCAAGCAGGCUCGGCGUCAGCGUGCCGUCAUCGUCACGGUACGCGUCCUGCUACAGCUCUCCCGUGGGCUCCCCAUCUAAGCCGGCGCCGGCGCCGUUCGGGGCUCCGCUGCUCGGCGCGGACGCCGCGCGGCUCUCGUGCUUCGCGGCCUCCGGCGGGAAGCUGUCCCGCGUUGCCAGCAGCCAGUUGCUCCUCGGCGAGCCGGUGACAGCGCCCGCGCCUGGCACUGCUCAGCAGCAUGCCAGCGACGGGUCUAGCAGCGACAGCCCUAGUCGGAAGCGGAAGGCACCGGGAGGCAAGUCCAAGGCCAAGGAGGCAGCGACCACGGCCACACCAAAGUCCCGGGAGCCGGAGACGAGAGCCAAGAAAUGCAAGCUCUCCGCGGACACCGCCGAUGAGGAGCGGAAGCCGGCGGCAGGAGAGGCGGGGAGCGGCAAUGGCAAGGGGAAGGAGGUCGCCGCCGAGCCGCCCAAGGACUACAUCCACGUGCGAGCUCGCCGGGGCCAGGCCACGGACAGCCACAGCCUCGCCGAGCGGGUGAGGAGGGAGAAGAUCAGCGAGCGUAUGAAGCUGCUGCAAGACCUCGUCCCUGGCUGCAGCAAGGUUACCGGGAAGGCGGUGAUGCUGGACGAGAUCAUAAACUACGUCCAGUCGCUGCAGCGGCAAGUGGAGUUCUUGUCGAUGAAGCUCUCUACCGUUAACCCGCGACUCGAAAUUGACGUGGACAGCUUCAUCCCCAAAGAUGCCAACCAGCCGUGCGCGCCUGCAGCGUCGUCCCUGCCGCCGCCGCCAGUCUACUCACUGGAGGAUUCAAGCCCUGCGCUUUGCUACGCCUCAUCUCAAGGUACUGCAGCGCCGAGUGCGGUGACCAGUGCCAAAAGCUUUGCAACACCGUCCACCUUUGUGAACCAUGGCAUCCCAGACCACUCACUUGAAGGAUUUCACAAUGCUAAUUCUCAGAUGGGGAGCUUGUGGGAGGAGGAUGACCUCCAAAGCCUGGUGCUGAUGGGGUUCCGGGGCAAUACGUGAUCAUUGACGCUCUGAUUGAGGGACAGUUCAGUUUCACCGAUCACCAAUCAAGGCAAGAGAUGAUCAAUGGGGGGCAUGUCUGGCGCAGGGCCUCAGGGCCACUUAACAACAGGGUUGGGCUGCAAUCAUUGGAAAAUUCUCCAUGAUUGUACAUACACCCGUGCAUAGAAAGAGGACUCUUACUCGCUAAAUGCCUCAGCUGAAAGUUUCCAGCUCAGCGAGGCCGAGAAGAACGCGAAAAAGAUGAUGUUAAUUUCCUUGCAUUUCCAAAAGAAAUUCCAAAGUAAUGUACUUGUAAUGUAAUGUAGUGUAAUGAUGUUUAGUCCUUUAGACAUCAAGUUGAUGGUUUUUAUAUACAUGUGAUGUUUCCUGCUUUUGGUAACUGCUGCUGGAUGCUUUUAGUUUUGUGUUGGUAGGUGACACAAAGCUUGUUACCUGCAUCAUAGUCUUUUAGCCCUCUGAUGAGCUGGUGUCAACCACUCUAGGUAGAAUCUUAACCUCUUUUAGUGUCU